GGUUAUGCAGCGUUGCGCAUAACCAUCGGACUGUGACAUAAAGUACCGCGAGAGCAAUUGUUCUCGCGGUACUUUGAUGUCAUAUCGAACGAUCUGCGCAGCGCUGCCUGAAGUCGAACACACUAUUGGCAUUACAAUAAUAAACAGCACGCUUUUGUGUAUGAUUUUGUGUAUCCACGGUAAGCGAGUGAUGAAGGGAGAGAGAGAGAGAGUGAGAGAGUAUGUCUGCAUUAAUAUGUUUAAAAUAAAUCACAUUACAUUGUGAAUUGAUUACCAAUCGGUCUUUAAAUAAAGUUUUUAUUGAAAAUCUUCACCGGUCCUUCCUGCUUGCAAAAAUGGAGGAGGGAAUGUUGCCCCCGCUGUCACUCUCUGCUAAGUUUGAGGGGUCAUUUGCCUAUCUGACUGUCAGAGACAGGCUACCAGCCAUACUCACAAAAGUGAUAGACACAAUACACCGAAAUAAGGAAUAUUUCUUCAAAGAGUAUGGAGAGGAAGGAAUCGAGGCAGAGAAGAGGGCCAUUUCCUUCCUGUCCAAGCUGAGGAAUGAAGUGCAGACAGAUAAACCUGUGCUGGCUUUGGCUGAUAAUGCCGAAGACACAGAGACCUGGAACCAGUACUUGCAAAGACAACAGGAACGGAUGCCAGAUGGGGAACCUGUCAGCUGGUUUAAGGCACCAUGGCUGUAUGUGGAGUGCUAUAUGUACCGGAGGUUCCAAGAGGCUUUGUACCUAAAUCCACCGAUGGAUACUUUUGACGUGUUUAAGGAAGGAAAGACACAAAGCUUCUUUGAAUCUCAACAAGCAAUUAUAUCCCUCUGUACGUACCUCCAAGAGCUUAUUACCAACAUGGAGAACAUGUCUGAGCUGCAGCUGAAGGAACACUUUCUGAAGCUACUCCAGGUCUCACUGUGGGGAAACAAGUGCGAUCUGUCCAUCUCUGCUGGUCUGGACAACUCUCAAAAGUCUAAUCCCAUUGAUGCACUACCUGAUCUGCAGCGCUUUAUCCUAGUGGAUGACUCCAACAAGGUUUGGUCAACAUUGGUUGCUGCUCAAGGAUGUAGAUCCUCAGGAACAAAGCGUGCAAGAGUUGACAUCAUUUUAGACAACGCCGGUUUUGAGCUCGUCACCGAUCUCGUCCUCGCUGACUUCCUCGUUUCUGCCGGACUCGCCAAGCAAAUCAGAUUUUACGGCAAGUCCUUCCCGUGGUUUGUCUCGGAUGUCACGAAACAAGAUUUUGAGUGGACCAUCAUGCAGGUCCUGGCAUCCAAUCAUAAGUGGAUGUCAGCCAGCGCCGUCCAAUGGAAGCAUUUCAUGAAAGACGGCACCUGGUCCUACCACGACCAUCCGUUUUGGACCUUGCCCCAUGAGUUUUGUGAUAUGGCAACCGAUGCAGCUGAUCUUUAUACCAUGCUACAGGGUUCAGACUUGAUUCUGUUUAAAGGAGAUUUAAACUACCGUAAGCUGACUGGCGAUAGGAUAUGGGAGCACACGGUUCGGUUUGAUCGAGCAUUGAGAGGUUUCCAGCCUGCCCCACUCUGUAGUAUCAGAACACUAAAGGCUAAUGUUCAGGUAGGCUUACAGCCGGGCCAGGCAGAGCAGCUCAGCUCUGAGGAUCCAGACUGGAUGACUAAUGGGAAAUAUGCUGUGAUUCAGUUUUCCAGCCCACUCCGUGAACAGUAGAUUUACUUUAAAGAAAGCAAUGAGUCCUUACAGAUGGAGUACCAAGCAUCAGGUGACAAAAUAAAAUGCAUUUAUGAACUGUAACUUCUUAAGUUACCAACAUGCCAUUGUGUCAUUUUUGCUUGAACUUGUGUCCAGCUGCUGCUUUGUUGGAAAGAAAUAUCUGCGGUGUUUAAAUAUUAAACUCUGAAGCAAACUGAAUCUUUUUGAAGAAAAAUGUGAGACUGUAUUGGUAUUGUAUACAUGUUUACAUAAAAGGACACAUUUAAACCUGUAGAAGUUAAAUACAUGCUGCACAUCCAAAAAUUUGUAAAAACCCAUGUGAUUCACACUGAAAACAAAAAGGUGUUGAAACUGAAUUAAACUCCUAGAUAAUUGCAUAAUGCAUUUCACCCAAAAUUGGUAUUUUGAGCUACAAAUCCACUAGCAUAUAUUGUUUUAUUCUGCAUCUAAUAGAUUUUGGUGCAGUAAGGCUUUGCAUGUACAGUGUUUGUAAUCUGAUCAAGAAACUGCAUUUUUAAAGACACCAUCAUACAAGUUAUUUGAUGAAAUGCAGAAAGGAAUGCAGGAGUUUUAACCAAGAACUAAAUCACAAUGGUUUACAUUAUGGGUCUUCAAUAUGGGGUCCACGUUGGUAUAACUGGGGGUCGUCGACAUGGUAAAAAAAGCUGGUUUACAUUUUAAAAGUAAGUUACCCGGUUGCCUUAAAAUUAUGAAUUCAACUUAACUAAAUGUUUGCCAACUAAUAUUUUUAACAAAAAAAAUGUGAAUAAAUAAAAAAUAAGUUAUUAAAAAAUAUUUAAAGGCAACCACGUAACUUUAAGUUAAAACAACAAAUCUUUGUUUAUCGUGCAAAUGUAGUUUGAAUUCAAAAUAUUUUUUCGAAAAAUUUAAUCGGGCAUCAAACUUAAAUGCAUUAAUAGGUUUAUAAUAGAAAUGAUGUAAGAAUUUAUUGAAAAAAAUGGUUUCAUUUUCAAACAGUAAAUUUAAAAUGCUAUGUGUAUGUAUCUGUGUAUACAAAAAUGUUUAAUAUAUUUGUAACAUAACCAUCUUAAAGUAUGUAAAUUCAGCCUUUGAUGCAUGUACUUGGGGGUCCUCGCUUCUCCUCUCUACAUGAAGGGGUCCUUGGCAUGAAAAAGGUUGAAGACCUCUGGUUUACAUGAUAGACAAAAUAUUGGCUGUUUGCCACUGAUGGAAAAUUGCUUUCGUUUAUUUGUUUACUACAGUUUUAAAGUUUACCAGAUCUGUAGAAUCUGUAAGAUUGCAAGAUGAUUGUUUACAGUAUUUAGACUUCUUAAUAUGCAUGUUGGAAACAGGGAUGCAUCAAUUGUGCUAAUGUGUUCAUGUGUUUGCUCUUUAACAUGCAGAUUCUUUGUUUGAAAUUGAAACGCGAUUAAAUGAAAACGUUCACUG